AUGGUCUACUUUUGCACCGCUGAUGACGACUACAGGCUCUAUAUGGCGGUAGAUCAGCACAGGCCGUUUGCCUGGGCCCAUUUGUCAAAGAACUACAAGGAAGGUAUACGGUUGAUCGCCAGAGACCUCAAAGCCUUCAGACCCAUUGCGGGGUGGGUACCCCAAAAGGUGAGAAGCCGUAUUGACUACAUCUUGAAACACCACAACGAGUCGGGAGUGCAUUCAGAUGCCGAUCGUAGGGCCAGGACAGCGGUAUGGGAAAAGCUUGUCCUCACUAUCCACAUCCAAGAAACGGCCUUCAGGGAGAUGGAGCGCAAUAUGGCUAAAAGAUCUUCUAGUCCUGAUGAAAUAAUGGUUAAAAAUGAGUCUGCAGAAGACAUGGAAGUGCUUUGUCCUCAGGAUGCUGCUGAGGACGAAGUGGCUGGUAGCCAAACGUCUAACUUGACAGAUAACCAAGCGUCUGAUUUGACGGACGAGGAGCCCCCGUACGUAGAUGCUACCUCCGAUCAGCCUGGGGUCCCUCAAGUGAGUGAAGGAAACCAGGAAAACCCUACAAAGUUGAGGCCAGAGUCCGGUGGAAUCCUGGAAGCCAAGAACGACAAAGCCAUCAGUCGGGAAACAAUGGCACUGCACGACGAUUUACCUCAAGCAGAAAUCAGAAGUGAUAAGGAGUCUAGCAUGGAGGAAUCUCUCCUAAAGCCGUUAUCGGUAGCCGCUAUGGGGGAUUAUAACCUUCUUCUGGAAAACGUCACAGGUGAUAUCUUACCCAUCAGUGAAGGCGGCGAGCGGGAUUUGGCGGUCGGCAAGAGUAGCAUCCCGAACAAGGUUACCAGUAUGGAUGCUCCAAAUAUGGCAACCAGCAGAGGUAGAGAGCCUCCUAAGGAAUCUAACGGUAGUGAUGAAGCAGAUGUGUCUCUGAAAAAAAGAGGAAACGGGGAAUAUACCUCGAGAAACAAUGAUGAGCCAUAUAUUCCAUCUUCUAGCCUGUUAUACCACGAAUCGGAUACCAGCAAGAACAAUGGUCAUGUGAUCUAUGAAACCAGAGGUAGCCCAGAAUCCACCCAUAACUGCAACCAGAGCGACCGCUUUUUCACCAUGAUGCAACAGAUGAUAGACAUGAAUCAAAGACAGGCAGAGCAACACACGGAAAUGACCCGAGCCAUCAUGCGGCUGAACGAGUCGUCUCAACAGCAAAGCCAAAAGUGUAUCGACCAGCUUGUGGUAAUUCUUAGUGCGUUCCAAGGUUCCCGUAAGAGAAAGAGACUGCAAAAAGGAAAAUAA